GGCAGCUCCAGUAGAGCCGAGAUUGUCCGUAACCGCGUUCCGUCGUUACCGGUUAUUGUAGGUCAGUCGUUUCUGGCGUGAGCUUGAAAUGUGAAUCCAGAAAUGUCAUGAAGUGAAUCUGAAGAAAGCAAGCAGCGUUCAUAUCUGCUGAAUCGCUUGGUCUCGAUGGCAUGAAUCACCUCAGUGUGAGCAGAGGUUUUGUUCAGACAGAAGUUGAUCCGUCCGGUUUGCCCUACAGAGGCCUGCGCUGUUACACAUAACCGCGGGAUCAAUGAUCCACCGCAAAGUACUGGCUCGGUUUUUAUUUUGAUCACAUUAGAGUUGCAACAAUGAGAAAGGACGUGAGGAUAUUACUUGUCGGAGAACCCAAAGUGGGGAAGACAUCCCUGAUCAUGUCACUCGUCAGUGAGGAGUUCCCUGAUGAGGUUCCUCUCAGAGCUGAAGAGAUCACUAUUCCAGCUGAUGUCACACCUGAGAGAGUGCCCACUCAUAUAGUGGACUAUUCAGAAGCAGAACAGUCAGAUGAGCAGCUUUACCAAGAAAUAUCAAAGGCCAAUGUUAUAUGCAUUGUAUAUUCAGUAAACAACAAGAAAUCAAUUGAAAAGGUGACGAGUCAUUGGAUUCCCCUCAUCAGUGAAAGAACAGAUAAGGACAGCAGAGUGCCAUUGAUCCUGGUGGGGAAUAAAUCUGACCUGGUGGAGCACAGCAGCAUGGAGACCAUCCUGCCCAUCAUGAACCAGUACUCUGAGAUUGAGACUUGUGUGGAGUGUUCAGCCAAAAGCCUGAAGAAUAUCUCCGAGUUGUUCUACUACGCCCAGAAGGCUGUUCUACACCCGACAGGACCGCUGUACUCUCCAGAAGAGAAAGAGAUGAAGCCUUCUUGCAUCAAAGCACUUACUCGCAUUUUUACAGUAUCAGACCUGGACAACGACGGCAUUCUAAACGAUAAUGAGCUCAAUUUCUUCCAGAGAACUUGUUUUAACAUACCCCUGGCACCUCAAGCCCUGGAGGACGUGAAGAAUGUUGUGCGGAAAAAUAUGUUGGAUGGGGUAAAAGACAGUGGCCUCACACUGAAGGGUUUCCUGUUCCUUCAUACACUUUUUAUUCAGAGAGGGAGGCAUGAGACCACAUGGACUGUGCUCAGGAGGUUUGGUUAUGAUGACGACCUGGAGCUGACCCAGGAAUACCUGUUUCCACUGUUCAAAAUACCUCCAGACUGCACUACAGAGCUCAACCACAACGCCUACCUCUUCCUCCAGAGCGUCUUUGACAAGUAUGACAAAGAUCGAGACUGUGCACUGUCUCCAGAUGAGCUGAAGGAUUUGUUCAAGGUCUUUCCCUACAUGCCCUGGGGUCCUGAUGUCAACAACACAGUCUGCACCAAUGAGCAGGGCUGGAUCACUUACCAAGGCUACCUUUCCCAGUGGACGCUAACAACGUACCUGGAUGUGCAGCGAUGUUUAGAGUACCUGGGUUAUCUUGGUUACUCUAUUAUUCAAGAACAGGAGUCACAGGCAGCCGCUAUCACAGUCACAAGGAAUAAGCGCAUCGACCUGCAGAAGAAACAGACCCAGCGCGGUGUUUUCCGCUGUAAUGUCCUAGGGGCGCGAGACAGCGGUAAAAGUGGCUUUCUGCAGGCUUUCCUAGGCAGGAACCUUGCGCGUCAGAAGAGGAUAAGAGAAGACCGCAAGUCUUACUAUGCCAUCAGCACCACUUAUGUUUAUGGACAAGAGAAAUAUCUGCUUCUGCACGAGGUGCUGCCGGACUUUGAGUUCCUCUCUGAGGCUGAUCUGGCUUGUGAUGUUGUUUGCUUGGUGUAUGACAUCAGUAACCCACGCUCUUUUGAGUACUGCGCUAAAGUCUACAAGAAACACUUCUUGGACAGCAAGACUCCCUGUGUGAUUAUUGCUGCCAAGUCGGACCUGCAUGAAGCCCCUCAGUACUACAGUCUGUCCCCGCUGGAUUUCUGUCGGAAACACAAGCUUCACCCUCCACAGCUGUUCACCUGCAACACAGACGAAGCACCCAGCAAAGACAUCUAUACCAAACUCACCACUAUGGCCAUGUAUCCACACAUGACCCAAGCUGACCUGAAAAGCUCUACGUUUUGGCUGAGGGCGAGUGUCGGUGCCACAGUGUUUGCUGUUCUUGGCUUCGCCGUGUACAAAGCUCUCCUCAAGCAGCGGUGAUCAGUGCAUCUCUGAGGAACUACAAAACCCCUGAUUCCCUCAUUCCAUCCUUGUUUCAUUUAGGAGAGAAGAUUCCUAGUAAUGGUUACAUUUUGUAUAUUCAAAACUGCCUUUCCCGAACCAAGUGUUAUAGGAACUCGCCUCAUCAGCCAUGUGGUGAAUCAGGACAUCUACAGUAAUCGGGUUUUGUUUAUGCACACUGUUUUCCUCAGGUCAGUAUUAAUUGGUGUGACCUAUAUUGAAAAGAGACAGUGGAGCUUUACUGAUAGGUGACUGAACACUAUGUAUAUAUCUUACUGGACUCUCGAAGAUCGUCUCUAGAUAGUUGAACAAACCAUAUUUGAACUGUAUCACACAGAGAUACACUUGUGCUUGUUAGAGAAGCACUGAAACAAAGCCAUUUCUCACAAGUAAAGGUCAUUUAACCCUUUGUACGUCUCAGCUAUGUUAAUUUAUUAGCCUUAUCUCUGUCUUUUUUGCCAUUGCUUGAAACAUGCAUAUAACUAUGGAUUCUUUUAUGCAAUAUUUGGUUUUUAUUUUAGUAAGUUAUGUUUGUCUUUCUUUUCUUUUCUACCCAUGGCCUUUAUAAAGAUUAUGCACAGGACAAAAAAAAUGUUUAUGAGUGAGGUUUUUUUUUCCCAAACCAGACUUAUAAGGACCUGCUUGCUACAUUAUAAAGAAGACUAUGAAUUCUUCCCAACUAACAAUCAUGUAGAGACAACGUCAUGUUUGUUCUGAUGUUUCAGAUCUCAUGCAUAUGUAACUUUCAAUGCAGUUUCCUUGUUCAAAACCAUGGGAUUGUUGCACCUGUUGGUUUUCAGACAUUUACAAUAAAUAAUGGUGUGAAUAAA